ACGUGUUCUAAUUUCCGAUAGCACCGAAAGGCAGCACAACAACCGACGGUACUAACUGUUACGGCUGCACUUUCCUAGAGGCAAGAAAUACAGGCGGUGUCGUUCAAAAAAAGAAAGAAAUCACAAUGUCAGCCAUGGGUCCUGAAGGUUCUGGGGCGGCGUCAGGAAACAGGCGUUUGCAGCAGACUCAGGCUCAAGUGGACGAGGUGGUGGAUAUUAUGCGCGUUAACGUGGACAAAGUACUGGAGCGUGACUCCAAGUUGUCUGAGCUGGAUGACAGAGCAGAUGCGCUGCAGGCUGGAGCCUCCCAGUUUGAGACCAGCGCUGCCAAGCUGAAGAGAAAAUACUGGUGGAAAAACUGCAAGAUGUGGGCCAUCCUGAUAGCUGUCAUAGUGAUCAUCAUCAUCAUCAUUGUCAUUUGGAAUUACUCAUAAACAUCAACAUGACGAGGACAAGGAGUGAAACAGUGAAGAGGAGAAGUGGAGCGACGUGCAUUAUUCAUGUCUCAGAGGGUGAAUUUAGAUAAUUACUGGCUAUUGAGCUCCACAUAUUUUCUCUACAGGGUUCUUCAUUCCUUGUUCUGGAUCACACUGUGUGUGUGUGUGUGUGUGUGCGUGUGUGUGUGUGUUUGCAUAUGUGCGUGAGUAAAAAACGUGCUCACGGUGCUGCAGUUUUACCCUGUAUUAAUACGCCAUCGCGGACAUUUACAAACCUUAGAAAAGAAUUAGAAUAACCCUGCACAUACCAAAGAAAACUCAAACAUUUAUUUCCAAAAGUGCCGAUGAGUAAAAUUAAGUUAACGAAUCGUCCAUGACUCCUUGACAAAGCGCGCACACACACACACACACAUACACACACACACACACAUUCCAGCCUGAAGAAUAGAAGUGAAGAAUAUUGUUGUAAACGCUCCUGACAUAUUUACAUUUGUAUGUUUUUAUUAAUAUCCACUGAUUGUGUGUGCCAGGCUGAGAAAAGUGCCUAUUAGGAUAUACUGUUGUGCAUUAGUUGACGUUGUACAGUAAACCUGCACAGCGUGGAAGAGACGCCUCUUUCCCACUGCAUCUGUGUAUGGAAAAGAGUGUAACACCAGUAUUUAGAGGUUUCUUCUCAUUAUUCUUUUUUUUUUUUUUUUUUUUUAAAGGAUCUGCUUUGCGAAUAGUUUAGUGACUAGUGAACAGUGGGAUCCGAUGCUUUAUUUUAUUUAUUCACAUGGUCGAGUGCUAAUCGAGUUCGCCGUGCAAGACAUUAAAUUCAGGAAUGAAUGAAGAGUAAUUUCACUGGUCACCUGACACAAUACAAAGCUUCAGUGUUGAACCCCGUCGCCCUCUGUCAUCUGCAUUCAGUAUGAGCUUGUGUUUAGAGAAGUGCCUAUAUGAUCAGACCAGCAGCUUGGACGACAGCUACAGAAACUGCCACAAAAACGAGCUGAAUAGUCUCAGCCAAGAGGAUCAAGGAUGUGCCAGAACUAUUGCCUUCGUGAAAUGUUCGAGCACAACGGUGGAAGAUUAAUGUAGUUAUAGACAGAUGCCUUAAUAGGUUUCUCCAGUGGAGAACAGCCAAACAUGCAGCCAUACCUUAGUGGCCAUAUGUGGGAGAGCAGUGCCCUUCUGAAUGUUUUUGACUGUCCAAACAAAUACUGUGCUGCUUUACGUCAAGAGCAACUUUUAAUAAAGUCUUCUGUUUAAUCACACAUGUGUAUCCAUAUUUGAAUGCAACAUACUUCCCCAUGUAACAUUUUAAUUUUCAUUCGCUUUUAUUUGCAGUCUGUUUAAGUUUAAAGCUAAUUCUAGGGAGUAUUAUGUAGUAUUAUGCAUAGCAUUGUGGGUGAUUGAGUGCGCUAGCAAACUUAGCUUGUAAUAUUUUCUACACCAACACUGGAUUCGGGAUUACUUUGACUCUUAUUUUUCUUUUCUUUUUCCCCCCUCUCUAUUUGGCCUUCAUAGUUCACGCCUGGUGCUUAUAUGGAAAUAAACACUAACACAAUGUAGUUGUAGAAUUAGCAAGACUGUAGCCUUUGCAGGAAAUGAUUUUAUUCUGGCCUUUUAUCACAGAUGUGGGGAACUGUCCUCGUCUGUUGUUGAGGUUAAAUUGGAGACGCAAUAACUUCCAAGCCUUUCUCAUGCUUACCUACUGGGAGUGUAUGUGGAAAUAAGUGCAAUUCUACUCUGUGGCCUACAAUGACUUUUGCUUGAAUUAAACGGAUUUAACUUAAA